AUGGCGUAUGUGCACCGGUUUGCUGGGAAGCUAUUACAGCGUACUGGAAGGCGACCGAGAAGCGACGAGGGCGAUAUCCGCCGUGAAGAUCUGCAGAACGCAGAGGAGUGUCUCUGGCGGAUUGCUCAAUCAGAUGGUUACGCGGAUGAAGUGGCUACGAUGAAUCGCAACGUACGAUUAGCACCAGAGAACCGAAAGGCUCUAAGUCGAAGUAGUUCGAUAGCAACGUUGCCUCCGAUGCUGGACGAUCGCGGUUUGCUGCGCGUUGAUGGUCGUAUUUCCGCGGCAGACUAUGUUCAGUACGAUACGAAGUUUCCGAUAAUCUUGCCCAAAUGUCAUCCGAUCACCAACUUGCUGCUGAACUGGUAUCAUCGAAAGUUUCGUCACGGCAACAAUGAAACGGUAGCGAACGAAAUACGUCAGAAGCUCUCCAUUCCAAGCUUGAGAGCACGAAUUCGGUCACUGGAAAAGAGCUGUCAGUGGUGUCGAGUGUACAAAGCAACUCCUGCAAUUCCGAAGAUGAGCCCGGUUCCUUGGUUUCGUACCACUCCUUUCAUUCGACCCUUCACCUUUGUAGGUAUCGACUACUUUGGGCCAUAUCUAGUAAAGAUCGGUCGUAGUAGCGUUAAACGCUGGGUAGCGAUCUUCACGUGUCUGACCGUCCGAGCCAUACAUCUGGAGGUAGUACACAGUCUAACAACCGACUCGUGUAAGAAAGCAGUUCGGCGAUUCAUCGCUCGCAGAGGAGCACCGAAAGAGGUGUACACAGACAACGGCACGAAUUUCAUAGGCGCCAGCAGAGAGCUCGACGAGGAGUUGAGGGAAAUCAACUUAGCCUACGGACACAGAUACUCAGUGGCGGUUCAACCCACCAUCGGCUCCGCAUAUGGGUGGAUGCUGGAAGCGAAUGGUGCGUUCGGUAAAGACGGCGCUAGGAGUGCUGCCUACGUCGCUGGAGUUCGCCAGUUAGUCAAACCACCGACGGAUGAGAAGGAAGCGUUGAAGAAUAGUUGGAAACUGAUACAAGAAAAGCUGGAUUCGUUCUGGAGACGUUGGAUUACCGAAUACUUGCCGAUCUUAACUCGGCGGUGCAAAUGGUUCCACGAUGUACCACCCAUCAAAGAAGGAGCUUUGGUGAUGAUAGUCGAUGGAAAAGUACGGAACCUUUGGACUCGUGGUCGAAUUAGUAGAAUCUACCCUGGGAAGGACGGAGUUGCGCGUCGCGCAGAUGUGGAAACGGCGACCGGCAUGCUGAAAGUUGGUGGUAAUGAAAUCGAAGUGGUCGAUGUGUUCGUGUAUCUGGGCUCACUGGUAACUACCGACAAGGAUACUAGCGAAGAAAUUCAACGGCAACGGCGAUCGAGUAGAAUUCGUCGCCGCACCAAGUUAGCCAUCUACAAGUCGCUGAUCGAUAGUCCUCAACGGGCAUGA